AUGAAGGCCUGCGUUCCCCUGAUAGUGGCCGUGCUCUGCGGCCUGGCCUGGGCUGGCCAAAUGGAGUCAUGCGCAUCUCGCUGUAAUGAGAAAUUUGACCGGGGUGCUGCUUGUCAGUGUGACCGGCGGUGUCCCCGGCACGGGGACUGCUGUGAAGACUAUGACCGCCUGUCUGAUGAGGACCCCAGAGAGCCAGAGCCAUUCCUGGAGCUGGAAGAAGAGACGGAGGGGGCCCCGGCUAGCGACUUGUACUCGGCACCCAACUCCUGCCGGGGCCGCUGCCUGGAAGCCUUCGACAAGCACCACCUAUGCCACUGCAACGCCCGCUGCCCAGAGUUUGGAAACUGCUGCGAGGAUUUCGAGAGCCUGUGUGGCCAUGAGGGCUUCUCCCACAUCAGCGAUGCCAUAACCAAGGAGGAACUGCAGAGCAUCUCUGAGAAGAUCUAUAGGGCAGACACCAACAAAGCCCAGAAGGCAGACAUUGUUCUCAAUAGCCAAAACUGCAUCUCGCCCUCGGAGACCAGCGACCAAGUAGACCGCUGCCCAGAGCCGCUCUUCAGGUAUGUCAGUGAGAAGCUCUUCUCCAAGCCGACCUACGCUGCCUUCAUCAACCUCCUCAACAACUACCAGCGGGUCACGGGCCACGGGGAGCACUUCACAGCCCAGCAGCUGGCUGAGCAGGACACCUUCCUCAGAGACGUCAUGAAGACGGCCGUCAUGAAGGAACUCUACGGCUUCCUCCACCAGCAGAACCGCUACAGCACAGAACAGGAGUUCGUCAACGACUUGAAAAACAUGUGGUUUGGGCUGUAUUCAAGAGGCAAAGAAGAGAGGGACUCAAGUGGCUUUGAACAUGUCUUCUCAGGUGAAGUCCACAAAAGCAAGGUCACUGGCUUCCAUAACUGGAUCCACUUCUACAUGCUGGAGAAGGAGGGCCUGGUGGACUAUUACAGUCACAUCUGUGACGGGCGUUGGGAUUCUCACCCCUAUGUGCUGGCCUUGCAGUUCAGCUGGGACGGCUACUACAAGGAAGUGGGUUCAACUUUCAUCGGCAGCAGCCCCGAGUUUGAGUUUGCACUUUACUCCCUGUGCUUCAUCGCCAGGCCAGGCAAAGUGUGCCAGUUAAGCCUGGGUGGACAUCCCUUGGCCAUCCAGACCUAUACCUGGGACAAGUCAACCUACGGAAAUGGCAAGAAGUACAUCGCCACAGCCUACGUGGUGUCUUCUACCCGAUAGAGCUUCGAGCUAGAAAGGGGCAUGAGGGCAGUGAGAGCUCUUGUCGGA